UCAACUCUCUGUCAUAUCCAAAUAUUCCGGACAAUGGAUUCACUAAAACAGUCUAUUUCGGAUAUGAACACUGAAUUUAAUCAACGAAUGAUGGAAUUUCAAAAAGAACUGCAAAAAACAUCACACCCACCUGCAUCUACAAGUCCUACCUCAAAACUUGCCAGUGAUUUUGAAGCUUUCCGUUCCUUCGUCUGCAAAGCGCUUCAGUCUCUCCAAGCCCAAGUAAAUCUUCUUACAAACAUACAAGACCAGCUGGAGAUGCGAAGCCGCCGGAAGAUGCUGCUCAUCCACGGUAUUGCAGAACACGAUAAAGAAGAUAUCACGGCUGUCGUUACAAAAAUAAUUUCUGAUGACAUUAACGUUCCUGAUGUUGAUAAAGAUGCCUUCAGUCGUUGUCACAGAUUAGGCCAUCAGAGAUCCAAGAAUCCUCGACCAGUUUUGGUGAAGUUUUGUGAUAUUCGUGUUCGCAAUAGUGUGUGGUUUUCUAAAGCCUGUUUAAAGGAUUCUGGUUACACUGUUUCAGAGUUCCUUACAAAGAGUCGUCACGAUACAUUUAUGAGUGCCCGUAAGCGACUUGGUGUAACAAAAUGCUGGACCCGUGAUGGUCAAAUUUUCCUAAUCGACUCUUCAAACACUAGACACCGCAUCACUUGUAUGUCCGAAUUGGAUGCCAUUAUAUCUUCUUCCAACCCCGAAAAUUCUUCAAGCGCGGCUGGGACUUCACAGGAUGCCGAAAAGAAUAAGAAGACCAUACCUAAUGCAAGGUCAAAAAGAAUUCCCAAAGCUCGUUAACGUACGUUUUAUUUAUUUUCUAAAUAUCUAUUUUUAAACAAGGACUAUUCUAAAACAAUUAACUAUUUCACUCGAUUUUCUAUUUCAUUAGUUUUAAAGUUUUACUUGUUUCUUGCACUGAAUAUGAGAUUAUCACAAUAAUUGUUUACAACUUUAAAUUCAACUACCCUCAAUAAAUUUAUUUUUUAUUAAUAUGUUAUGAGCAAUUUUUUCAGUGUAAUAUUCGAUGUUCCGGAUACUAGCAAUUUGAUUAACGGUUGGAAACAGUGUUACCAUGAUGUAAAAAUAUAAAUACAUUUUCUUUUCAUUUUGUGUUCGACACUGGCUGGUACAGGAAU